UGUAAAAAUGGGAGGGGUUUUUCUGAGCAAGGGGUGAUCCUCAAUGGAGGUAAUGCGUGUGUGGUGUGAAAGGUUCCCGGAUGUAUAUUUUCGCCAUUUUUUUUUACUCCAGUACAACCGGUGGGGUGGAAACGCCACUGAUCUAUCCGUUGAUUUUCCAGGAACCACCGACAGAUUGACCGAGUAGCAGCUACUGUCGAGCGUCUAUAGCAAUUUGUCAGUUAAACUAGACUAUUCGACACUCGGAACAAAAUGGGCGAUCGGGAUGAGUUAGUAUAUCAGGCUAAACUCGCCGAACAGGCUGAGAGAUAUGACGAAAUGGUGGAGUCCAUGAAGAGAGUGGCCGGGUUGGAUGUGGAACUAACAGUCGAGGAGCGAAACCUACUAUCAGUGGCCUACAAAAAUGUCAUUGGGGCGAGGAGAGCAUCAUGGAGGAUAAUCAGCAGUAUUGAACAAAGGGAAGAAAACAAGGGUGGAGAAGACAAAUUGAAAAUGAUCCGGGAAUACAGGCAAACAGUUGAGAACGAGCUGAAGUCGAUCUGUAAUGACAUUUUGGAUGUGCUGGACAAGCACCUUAUUCCAGCUGCCAACACGGGAGAGUCCAAGGUCUUCUACUACAAAAUGAAAGGCGAUUACCACAGGUAUCUGGCUGAGUUUGCCACCGGGAACGACAGGAAGGAGGCUGCCGAGAACAGUUUGGUCGCCUACAAAGCUGCGAGCGACAUCGCCAUGAUUGAACUGCCACCUACACACCCCAUUCGCCUAGGCCUCGCUCUUAACUUCUCUGUAUUUUACUAUGAAAUCCUCAACUCGCCCGACCGCGCCUGCAGGUUGGCGAAGGCUGCGUUCGAUGAUGCCAUCGCAGAGCUGGACACGCUGAGCGAAGAAAGCUACAAGGACUCCACACUAAUCAUGCAGUUGUUACGCGACAACCUGACACUAUGGACUUCAGACAUGCAGGGAGAUGCAGGUGAAGAACAACAGAACAAAGAGGCACUGCAAGAUGUGGAGGACGAGCCCCAGUAAGACCUCACAGACAACUUGAGACCCCCUCCCUCUGCCUCCACACACUCCCCUCCCCCAAAAUAAAAAAAAAAACCCAGUCCCAACAGGAGCCACCACGCCCAAGUGACAGCGGCUCUCUGCAGCUCUGACCCCCAGGGUCUUAGAGAUAAUCAGUUCUCUUCAUUAACAUUUUUUUUGUUGCCCUUUUUAAUUCAAUUUAAAUAUAAAUACCACUUAAUUGAGACAACAUACAAUUUUGGAAAGACAGUCCCUGGAUAAUUGUAUUUUCCUUGGUACAAGCAUUUCUGAUUUAUCUUCAUUAUUGUUUCUGUUUUUGCUCUUUCCUCUAUUUUAUCAGUUGCUGGAUGUAUUGAGAAUUUUUUUGUUAAUGUAAUUACAGAAAUGAACUUUUAUUACUGAUAUGUCUAUUAGUUGUGGGAGCUGUAAUAUUUCUGUGUUAGUGAAAGAGAUGCAAAUCAUUAAACCUUCGAAGGGCAGGUCUAAACAAAGUGCUCUUCUUAACUUUAGUUUUUCAGAGGAAGUCGGCAAAAUUCUUGAUAUCCACGUGGAGCAAAAAAUGCUUAACUUUUACACCAUAGUGAUUCUAUUGUGACGUUUUGGAUUGUACUUUGUGCUAAAAUACUGUAUUGUGCGUACUUGCUGAUUUCAGAUGGUGGCUGGUAGCGGUUUUAAAAUCCAAGGGAGCAUUGUGGUGUUUAGUGAGGAAACGGCUCUCGAUUGGCUUCUGUUGCAAAAUGACAGGGUUCUAAGUAGAUGAUUUCAAGCCUGCAUGAUGAGUUAAUGAAUAGUUUUUCUGCCUCUUUACAUUGUUCAUGUUUUUUCUUUUUGCUGCAUUAUGUGUAACUUAAAGCUAAUUUGUACUACUGGAUAUCUGACUGGAGCCACAGAUAGAGCACCUGUAUUGUUCUUACUGAAACACAGCAUGGAAUUAACAUUAAACAAUCUAAAUUAAACAUA